AUGGGGGACGAUCCGGGGAGGCUUUAUCGUUUGGAUGGAGUCGCUCAUAUCGCCGGGGUGAUCAACGACGAGCCAUGGCGUUGCAUAUCUAGCUGUAGGCGGCAGCAGGGGAUGCGUCUUGAUGAGCGGUACGUUCCGUACUUGCAGAUGGCUGGCUUGUACCAUCUUGCAAGGCUGAACGACAGAUGGUUCCGACUAGACGAGCCUCUAGUCAGUGCAUUCAUCGAGAGGUGGCGGCCUGAGACGCACAUCUUCCACAUGCCGUUUGGAGAGUGUACCAUCACGCUUCAGGACGUCGCAUACCAGCUUGGAUUGCCCGUGGACGGUCAUUACGUUAGUGGUUGCUUGACAGACUUCCACCUAUACAUUGAGGGUGGGAGGCCGGCUUGGAUGUGGUUCCAUGAGUUGCUCGGUGUCUUACCUCCUGAAAACCAAAUUCAGAAAUUCGCAGUCAACUGCACAUGGUUUCAGGAGACAUUUGGGGAGUGUCCCGACGGGACUGACGAGGAGACAGUUAGGCGCUUUGCCCGUGCCUAUAUCAUGAUGUUGUUGGGGACGCAGCUGUUUGCAGACAAGUCUGGCAACCGUAUACACAUCAGAUGGCUACCCUACGUAGCUAGACUUGAGCAGAUGGGUGGCUACAGUUGGGGGUCGGCGGCACUGGCAUGGUUGUACCGAUGUAUGUGCCGAGUCACCAACAGACAUGUCGUGAAGUUAGCAGGGCCGUUACAGUUACUGCAGUCUUGGAUCUUUUGGAGGUUUCCUUCUUUUAGGCCUGAUGGGUAUGAUGCGUUUAGCUGGCCACUUGCGUCGAGGUGGUCCGGUUACAAUCCUGGGAUUAGCAACAAGGGACCUAGGGUGCAAAUGGCUUGCCUGAAGAUCGACUUGUUGCAGCCACGGGAUUUCAUAUGGAUGCCCUAUAGCGCACUCGACGUCAUCCAGGUUGUCCAUCCGGAGGUGUUGGAGCCUAGACAUACGAUGUUAUGGCGGUGUGUGACGUCCCUGAUAUAUUUUGCGGUUGUUGAGUGGCAUCAGGUGGAUAGAGUGUUACUGCAGUUUGGCGGUGUACAGCCCCCACCUCGUCCCGCCCUGAACAUCGACUUCUUGAUGUCGAAGGACGGGAGAGGAGGUGACCGUUGGUUCCCGUCCCACUUAGCUGACUGGCAUCUUCACUGGCAGGAGCGUGCGGAUCACAUUUUACAGUUCGACGUUGUGGCUGACCCAGGGCCCUCUCGUGAGUUCUUGACAUGGUGGCAUCAGCACGGAAAGAGAUUCCUGUCGCCGAGAUGUACUUGGGGGAUCCACGAGGUAUUCCCAUUCCGGAUGAGGCCACUCAGAGGGGUGCAGACCGACUUCCUGAGAUGGACAUGGUCGCCGAUGUUCCUGACAGACGUCGAGUUGAGCGGAGAGCCCGAGUCGGGAAACGUCGUUCGCAGCGUGAUGUUGCGUGGCUGGAGGCUGCCAUGGAGGAGGACGACAACGCAGGAAGGGGUCGCGGGAGACGACGUGGUCGAGGAGGCAGGAGGAGGGGGGCUGAUGCCAGAGGUGAUGUCGUUCAGCCAGGUAGGGGUGCAGCAGGAGUAG